ACAUCUUCUCAUCUUCAUAUACACCAAACUAAGAGUCAUCAAAAUUUGCUAUUAGAAAAUAAUUAAUCUUUUUGAAGUUUUGACAAUUUCUUGUGCCAAUUUAAGGCAUUUUACCUUGUGGGGUUUUAAAUUUUUACUUGAAUUUACUUGAAUUUACCAAUUUCCAAGAUCUUUUUUCAAGGGCUAAGUGGGGUUUUGGCUAGAAUAUAAAGUUCUGAUUUUUUUGUCAGAGAAGAUGAUUUUCUUGCUCCAGGGGAGCAUUUUAUCAAAGUUUAUCACAAUUCUUGAAUUCAGUGUAGCUAAAAGUUUUUAUUUUUGGAUCUUUUUGAUUUUCAAUAGGUAUAGAGGCACUUAGUUGUCCUUGAACAGAACAUUUAUCGGAAACAGCCUCUCUACCUUAACAAGGUAGGGGUAAGGUCCGCAUAUACACUAUCUCCUCAGACCCCACACUUCUACCUCCCCAGACCCCACGUGUGAGAUUACACUGGUCUGUUGUUGUCGUCGUUGUACAGAGGCACUUAGUUUUGGAUAUUUUCUUGAUUUGGAACUUGAGAAAUUACUUAAAUGGGAGGAACAUCACUGCCUCCAGGAUUUCGAUUUCAUCCAACUGAUGAGGAAUUGGUUGGAUAUUACCUGAAAAGGAAAACUGAUGGACUUGAAAUUGAAUUGGAAGUUAUUCCAGUAAUAGACUUGUAUAAGUUUGAUCCUUGGGAACUUCCAGAGAAAUCGUUCCUGCCAAAGCGCGACAUGGAAUGGUUCUUCUUCUGUCCUCGGGAUAAGAAGUAUCCGAAUGGCUCACGAACCAAUCGAGCGACUAAGUCCGGAUACUGGAAAGCGACAGGGAAAGACAGAAAAGUUACCUGUCAUCAGCCUGAAGUUGUUGGAUAUCGCAAGACAUUAGUCUUCUAUCGUGGAAGAGCUCCUCUUGGCGAUAGAACGGAUUGGGUAAUGCACGAGUAUCGUCUCUGUGAUGAUGUUUCUCAAGGCACUCCAACUUUCCAGGGGCCGUUUGCUCUUUGUCGUAUCAUCAAAAGAAACGAUGCAUCACUGAAAACAAGUGACACUUCAGUAGCAGUCUCAAAUGAACCUGUUGUUCUUACUGCUGAGACGCCUACUCAAACGACGUAUAUGUCCAGCGAUAGCAACUAUUCGACUCCUAUGACUUCUCCUUAUGAGGGGACUAAUGCAGCAAACUUUUGGAUGUCACAUGAUAUGAUUCUUGAUUCUUCAAAGGAAUGUUCUCAAGGACAGAGUACUCGUGGAAACUAUCUGCAUUACGACUUCCCAAACACGACAUUAACACAACCAAAUGAUCGAUUUGAGGUCACUUCGAGUUCAUCUUUCCCGAGUUUUAGAGGAGAAGUUGAACUUUCUGGCGAUCUCAGUAGCUAUGGUUGUGUAUCUCCUUACUCGGUUCAUGGAAACUACACGGGAUUCUAUGGCAACGACGAUAUGUCCUAUGAAGGAUAUGAAGGUUGGAAUCAAGCUAAUAUGGGAGAUUUUAAUGGUCUAUGGUCGCACGAAGAUAAUUUUCAGUAAUUUGAUGAAAACAUCUAUAAGAAAGAGCUCAAUGCAACUCGGUUUACUUUGACAAACUCUAUUGUUAUAUGAGACAACAGAUUUUUAUGUUUGUCUCAGAGUCAUUCGAUUACAGCACGUCGAGUUUAGUUCCCAAGUUCAAUCCUAGUAGCUAAUAUGUUUUAGUACAUUGUUGUCAUUUUAAAUAUUGAAAUACCUAGUGAUGAUCCUUUUUAAUGAUCACAUUAGGAAAUGGUCUUAGUUUGUAGCUGGUUUCUGGUUCUGAUUUGUAUCACCUUUCUGUUUCUGAUCAUUUCUUAUAAUGUAACCAAAAUGUCAGUAAACUAUA